AUGCCAGUGUACAUAGCAGCGCAGGCGCUGUUCGACGGCUUCGAGUCGGUACCGUAUCUCUGGCCGCUCCUCAAGACGCUCCCAUGGAUCGGCGCACUGCUUCUGCUAAAGCUAUACUUCGCCGGCGCCCGCAAUGCCAGCGAGCGCAACAUGCAUGGCAAGGUGGUCAUUGUCACGGGCGGUACGAGUGGCAUUGGCGAAGCUUUCACCCGUGAACUCGCCCAACGAGGUGCCCAGAUCGUCCUCCUCACCCAGCAUUCACUGGGCGACCCGUUCAUAGUGGAGUACAUCGACGACUUGCGCCGCGACACCAAUAACCAGCUCAUCACCGCCGAGCAAGUGGACUUGGCAUCGCUGCACAACAUCCGUACGUUCGCGACCAAAUGGAUUGACAAUGCGCCGCCAAGACGUCUGGACAUGGUUGUUUUGUGCGCCAACACGCAGACGACGAAGACGGGUAAGGAUGGCAUUAGGAGUACCGUCGAAGGGGUGGAAGUGAACUGGCAAGUCAACUACCUCGCCAACUUCCACCUUCUCUCCAUCCUCUCUCCAGCUCUUCGAGCGCAGCCUCCGGACCGAGACGUGCGCAUCCUCUUCGGAACGUGCAGUUCCUACCUUGGCGGCGAUCUGCUCCACAUAACCCAGACAUCACCGUCGAGGACCAAGUCUUCAAAAGAGAAUACCAAGCCUACAUCAACCUCCACACGCUCUCCCACCCACUUCUCACCCGGAAACGCCUACGCAACCUCCAAGCUCGCCCUCACCACCUUCGCCCUCGCCUUCCAGAAGCACCUCUCCUCCAUCAAACGACCCGACAACGCUCCCGCGUAUCCGCGCGUCCUAAUCGUCGACCCAGGUCUCUGCCGUACGCCGGGAACCCGCCGCUGGCUCAGCUUCGGCACCCUCUUCGGUCUAUUCCUCUACCUCCUCAGCUGGCCAUUAUGGUGGCUCCUCCUCAAGUCACCAGAAGGCGGCGCCCAAAGCUUCCUCUACGCGGCGAUGGAGGAGAAAUUCAGCAAGGCUGGUGUCGAAGGUGAGGCGAAGGUUGGCGGGUGGUUCAUCAAAGAGUGCAAGGAUCGUGAUUUCAUGCGGGAGGAUGUCAAGGAUGAGGAGGUACAGCGGAAAUUGUGGGAGUACAGUGAGAAGAUGGUGGAGGAGGCGGAGAAAAGGGGCGUAGUGGAGCGGGCGAGGAGGAAGAAGGAAGCGGAGGAG